GCUGCUGCUGCUGCCGCUGCUGCUUCUACUGCUGCUCGCCGCCCCCGGCGCUUCUGCCUACAGCUUCCCCCAGCAGCACACGAUGCAGCACUGGGCCCGCCGCCUAGAGCAGGAGAUUGACGGUGUGAUGCGGAUUUUUGGAGGUGUCCAGCAGCUCCGGGAGAUCUACAAAGAUAACCGGAACCUGUUUGAGGUGCAGGAGAAUGAGCCUCAGAAAUUGGUGGAGAAGGUGGCAGGGGAUAUCGAGAGCCUACUGGACAGGAAGGUGCAGGCCCUAAAGAGACUGGCAGAUGCUGCUGAGAACUUCCAGAAAGCCCACCGCUGGCAGGACAACAUCAAGGAGGAAGACAUCAUGUACUAUGACGCCAAGGCCGAUGCUGAGCUGGAUGAUCCUGAGAGUGAGGAUGUGGAGAGGGGGUCCAAGACCAGCACCCUAAGACUGGACUUCAUCGAGGACCCAAACUUCAAGAACAAGGUCAACUAUUCAUACACAGCUGUGCAGAUCCCCACGGACAUCUACAAAGGCUCCACCGUCAUCCUCAAUGAGCUCAACUGGACAGAGGCCCUGGAGAACGUGUUCAUUGAGAACCGCAGGCAAGACCCCACACUACUGUGGCAGGUCUUUGGCAGUGCCACAGGAGUCACCCGCUACUAUCCAGCUACCCCAUGGCGAGCCCCCAAGAAGAUUGACCUGUAUGACGUCCGAAGGAGACCCUGGUAUAUCCAGGGGGCCUCGUCACCCAAGGACAUGGUCAUCAUCGUAGAUGUGAGUGGCAGCGUGAGUGGCCUGACCCUGAAGCUGAUGAAGACAUCCGUCUGUGAGAUGCUAGACACACUCUCUGACGAUGACUAUGUGAAUGUGGCCUCGUUCAACGAGAAGGCGCAGCCUGUGUCUUGCUUCACACACCUGGUGCAGGCCAAUGUGCGGAACAAAAAGGUGUUCAAGGAAGCUGUACAGGGCAUGGUGGCCAAGGGUACCACAGGCUACAAGGCCGGCUUUGAGUAUGCCUUUGACCAGCUGCAGAAUUCCAAUAUCACUCGGGCCAACUGCAAUAAGAUGAUCAUGAUGUUCACGGAUGGCGGUGAGGACCGCGUGCAAGACGUCUUUGAAAAGUACAAUUGGCCCAAUCGGACGGUACGUGUGUUUACCUUCUCUGUGGGGCAGCAUAACUAUGAUGUCACACCACUACAGUGGAUGGCCUGCACCAACAAAGGUUACUAUUUUGAGAUCCCUUCCAUCGGAGCCAUCCGUAUCAACACGCAGGAAUAUCUAGACGUGUUGGGCAGGCCCAUGGUGCUGGCAGGCAAGGAGGCCAAGCAGGUGCAGUGGACCAACGUAUAUGAGGAUGCACUGGGACUAGGGUUGGUGGUAACAGGGACACUCCCUGUUUUCAACCUGACGCAAGAUGGCCCUGGGGAAAAGAAGAACCAGCUAAUCCUGGGUGUGAUGGGCAUUGAUGUGGCUCUGAAUGACAUCAAGAGACUGACUCCCAACUACACACUUGGAGCCAACGGCUAUGUGUUCGCCAUUGACCUGAACGGCUACGUGUUGCUGCACCCCAAUCUCAAGCCUCAGACUACUAACUUCCGGGAGCCUGUAACUCUAGACUUCCUGGAUGCAGAGCUGGAGGAUGAGAACAAGGAGGAGAUCCGUCGGAGCAUGAUUGAUGGCAACAAGGGCCACAAGCAGAUUAGAACCUUGGUCAAGUCUCUGGAUGAGAGGUACAUAGAUGACGUGAUCCGGAACUACACCUGGGUGCCUAUAAGGAGCACCAACUACAGCCUGGGGCUGGUGCUCCCACCCUACAGCACCUUCUACCUCCAAGCCAACCUCAGCGACCAGAUCCUGCAGGUCAAGUUGCCAAUCAGCAAACUGAAGGAUUUUGAGUUCCUGCUCCCCAGCAGCUUUGAGUCUGAAGGACAUGUUUUCAUUGCUCCCAGAGAGUAUUGCAAGGACCUGAAUGCCUCAGACAACAACACUGAGUUCCUGAAAAACUUCAUUGAGCUCAUGGAGAAAGUGACUCCAGACUCCAAGCAGUGCAACAACUUCCUUCUGCACAACCUGAUCUUGGACACAGGCAUCACGCAGCAAUUGGUGGAACGUGUGUGGAGGGACCAGGAUCUCAACACGUACAGCCUGCUGGCCGUGUUCGCUGCCACUGAUGGUGGCAUCACGCGUAUCUUCCCCAACAAGGCAGCUGAGGAUUGGACAGAAAACCCUGAACCCUUCAAUGCCAGCUUCUAUCGCCGCAGCCUAGAUAAUCAUGGUUAUGUCUUCAAGCCCCCACACCAGGAUGCCCUAUUAAGGCCGUUGGAGCUGGAGAACGACACAGUGGGUGUCCUCGUCAGCACAGCUGUGGAGCUCAGCCUAGGCGGGCGCACACUGAGACCAGCAGUGGUGGGUGUUAAGCUAGACCUAGAGGCUUGGGCUGAGAAGUUCAAGGUACUGGCCAGCAACCGUACCCACCAGGAGCAGCCACAGAAGCAGUGCGGCCCCAGCAGCCACUGUGAGAUGGACUGCGAGGUUAACAAUGAGGACCUACUCUGUGUCCUUAUUGAUGAUGGAGGAUUCCUGGUGCUGUCAAACCAGAACCAUCAGUGGGACCAGGUUGGCAGGUUCUUCAGUGAGGUGGAUGCCAACCUGAUGUUGGCACUCUACAACAACUCUUUCUACACCCGCAAGGAGUCCUACGACUAUCAGGCAGCCUGUGCCCCUCAGCCCCCUGGCAACCUGGGUGCUGCACCUCGUGGUGUCUUUGUGCCAACCAUUGCAGACUUCCUUAACUUGGCCUGGUGGACCUCUGCUGCUGCCUGGUCUUUGUUCCAACAGCUUCUCUACGGCCUCAUCUACCACAGCUGGUUCCAAGCGGACCCUGCGGAGGCCGAGGGGAGCCCUGAGACGCGCGAGAGCAGCUGCGUCAUGAAACAGACCCAGUACUACUUCGGCACGGUGAACGCCUCCUACAAUGCCAUCAUCGACUGCGGAAACUGCUCCAGGCUGUUUCACGCACAGAGACUGACCAACACCAACCUUCUCUUCGUGGUGGCCGAGAAACCGCUGUGCAGCCAGUGUGAGGCUGGUCGGCUGCUGCAGAAGGAGACGCACUGCCCAGCGGACGGCCCGGAGCAGUGUGAGCUGGUGCAGAGACCACGAUACCGAAGAGGCCCGCACAUCUGCUUCGACUACAAUGCGACAGAAGAUACCUCAGACUGUGGCCGUGGAGCCUCCUUCCCGCCAUCGCUGGGCAUCCUGGUCUCCCUGCAGCUUCUUCUCCUCCUCGGCCUGCCGCCCCGGCCGCAGCUUCAAGUCCACACCCUCGCCGCCUCUCACCGCCUCUGAGCGCCAGCCCUACCCACACCCCCCACCCUGCCCGCCUGCCCCCCCACCCCUGCCCCACACUCCCGCCUUACAGCCUUGCCCCUCCCCCACUUAAGGACUUGAGCUCGCCAGGCUCUAAGAGUCUGUGCCUUGGAGUGGGGGAGUCCCAAAGGAGGGCGCCACAGACUUUGACACCCAGGAUAUGUCUCACCGCUGAACUGUUCAAGUGUCCCAGACACUGGACUCACCCCAGUGGGCUGGGACAGGGAAGCCACAUGUACUGGUGCCAAACCAGGCCUCCCCUGCCUGCCCUGCCUAAAGGCUUCCUUUGUGUAGGCCAUCCUGCCUCAGCUGGACCCCUCUAACCAGGCCCUGCUGCCCCACCCAAGCCUAAACCUAGUUUCCCUGGGAAUAAUGGAGGAAGGUGAGAUAACAAGUUUGAGGCCCAUGGGCUCCUGCCCCCUUUCAGGCCUACAGUCAUCCCCACCCCCCACCCCCCAAGCACUACAGGUGUCAGAACAAUCUCACAAUGACAUCAGUUUAGACACACCCCAGUAUACACCUGGAACCCUGAGGGUAGAAACCAGACUCACUAGACAGACCCCAAAGGACACACAUAAAUGGAUACAGAGACACACAUACAAUGGGGGGCUCACAAAGCCUUACAUAGGGUGAGGGGGUACUGGUGGGAGGGUUGGCACAAGCAUGCUCCAUCUCCUACUCGCCGCCUGCCUCUAAUCUGAGCUGCAGCCCAGCUGAUCCUCCCAUCUUCUAAAGCUGAAUGUCAAACAGUGCCAAAUGCUGGGGCAGAGGGCAAAGACCUCUCUGUCCCAUCCCUAGCCACCAGUGUCCCCCAAGUGCCCCUCACCCUGCCAGGUGCUCAUUAUAACCAUUUCUCACUAGUAUCAAACCCACAGCAGGACCACAUGCCACUGCCUGCACCCUUCGGCAGAGGAACCCCCACCAGACAUCGCCCUUUGCCUUAGCAGGGGUGACUUGGUCUCUCCUGGCUGGGCCAUCCCACCCCCAAUCUGGCCCUUACACACUCAGGCCUGUGCCCAUUCCCAUGUCCCUCCCUCUCUCCCUCCCCCGACCCCCCCCUCUCUCUGUCUCUCUCUCUCUCUCACACACGCGAGCACACACACAUACUCACACUCCCUGAGCCCAGGAGGCCAAACCGCCCCUCUUCUGCUGAACACACAUUUGCACUCACACAUAUACACACUGUCCACACACAGAGGCUGGGCCUUGGGCACAUCUGUUCACACCAUUCAUUCUGGUCAUUUCCCCCAAAGGCAUCCCAGUCUGGGGGCCAGUAGGGGACUGAGGGCAGGGGGAUGUAGCCACGGGAAUCAAUGGACUGGGAGGAGGGGGGAGGGUGAUGCAUUAAUUAAUGGCUCCAUUAAUUAAUGUCAUGUUGCUUGUUGCUUUCUCAGUAUGUUUGUAUGGUUUGUGCCCACUGCUGGUGCCAGGGUGGGUGUCCAUGAUGUGUGCCCUGCCUGGAUGUCAGCUGUGUCCUGUGGGGGCGCAUGUGUAACUGUAGUGUAGUCAGGUGCUCAAUGGAGAAUAUAAAAAUGAAACAAACAUAUACAGAAAAAUAAAUAUAUAUUUUAAGUUUAAAAAACAGAAAACAGACAAAACAAUCCCCAUCAGGUAGUUGUCCAGCCCCCAGCUGGGUCUGAUCCUUCUCAUCACCCACCUGACCUGGCUGUCCCCUCACCUUGGGCUGGGGGACUGGGGGGCCAUUUCCUCUCUACCCUUUUUUUUGUUGUUGUUCUAUUUUGUACAGACAUGUCGGAAAAACAACAGCGACAAAAAGUCAAGAAACUUUGUAAAAUAUCGUGUGUGUGAUUCCUUGUAAAAUAUUUUCAAAUGGUUUAUUACAGAAGAUCAGUUAUUAAAUAAUGUUCAUAUUUUCACUUCAAACA